GAAGGCCACUUCAGGACGGCACGGAGGAAACCACAGCAGCCGCUAGAGCAGAGGGGAGCAGAGACCAGCAGAGGAACGGCCAGCAGCAGGAGAGGAAUCCGUUCUCGGACCGGCAGAAAGCCAGCAACGGGAGGAAUUUCGUUUUCGGCCCCGCGUAGGAAGGCCAGCAGCAAUAGCCGAAAGAAGAAUCAUCAGCAGAAGGAGGAAAUCAAAAUCCGUUCUCUGGCCGGGGGAAGGCAUGCUGGCUGAUGCUGCAGUUGAGGAGCAAGAAUGAUAAAGACGGUGGAAGUCGCCAGUUCCCGACUCGUCGGUUUUAACAUUAAACGGCCCUUUUCAGGGCCACAAAAUUAUCACGAGAGAGUUAUUCUUGAAUCCAAAUUCAUUGCGUCAGCGAGAAACAUACUGCUAGAAGCCUUAAAAUUAAGUGUAAAUCUUGUUAAACCUAUUUUGCAAAUCCGAUCAUGAUUUUUGCUGCUUCACGCUGAUCGAUUGAAAUGAGCUUCCCAUCUUGGGAUGUAGCAUUCAAGUACCUAGUAGCACCAUUUUUGGCGCUUCAUAACCCUACUGAACUGCGGCUAGACAAGAUGUCCCAGCAUUUGCGGAAGGUGUACAAGGCGUCCUAUCGGAAGCGGAAGAGAAAGGAGAGAGAGGAGGAGAGGCAGUUGGCGGAUGAGCCUACCGCGGCGCCAGUGGACAACGCUGAACGCAAAAGGCGGUACAGGCGACGGAAGCGAGCUGCUGAAGGAGGUGGAGAGCGCGGGGAUGAGUUCCCGGAAGGUUCUGGGGCUGGACCGUCGGUGUCCAAUCCAGGAAAGCGGAGGCGGCAGGGGCGAGUGGGAGAUGCAACGGAAGGGUCGACUGCGUCUGGCAGCACUUCUGCUGAACGUAUGAGACGGUUGCGGGAGAGGAGGAGGACUGGACAGACAACGUUCGGUCGGAGCGAGCAAGGAGGUGCUACCGCGGAUGUUACUUUCGUUGCUGGAGGUGUGCGACGGGGUGGUAGACGAGGAAUCGCGGACAUUUCGGUUCCAAAUUUGGCAUCGGAGAAUCCCGAACAGGGGAUUUAUCCGCCCAUGGAGGCAGACACAAUAAGCCUCCAUGAUCCGGUGGUGCAGAUUGAUGAAGAAGAAAUGCCAUCAAAUUCUGCACCAAGUCAGUCGGAUAGCAUUUCAGAUGGGGCAAGCCAGGGUAGGUCUUUAAAUUUAUGCGAAGUUUUCGAGGUUUGGGUCAACUCUAUCGUGUUUCACAGAGCCAGGUCCUCGCAAUGCAAGCAGACCGAACUACGACAGGGCCACUCUUGAGUUCCGUAAGCUUUUCGUUGAGAACUCGUUUGGUGCUGUGUGCAGCGUUUGCGACAGACUUUGGUUCAAG